AUCUAGAACUAUACCGUUAUGCAGCAAAAAAUCCAAAUUAAUUGGCAUUUGAUAAUGGAAAAUAUUGCAAUGAAGAAAAUGACAAAUCAGUAUCUAUCAUUUUAUGCUCAUUUGAUAUCCUCAGGAAGAUGCUUAAAGGGUCAAAACACAAAAAGUUUAGUUCUUCAUCCCAUCUCUUUGAUUUUCUGUCAUGAAGAUGGCUUCCCAAAAUCACCACCUCCUUCUCUUCCUCCUUCUCUUAGCUGCAGUCUUUACUAAUGUUCUCUCCUUCGAUGUUGUGACCAAGACAAGCCUCGUGUACCCUUUUAGUUGCUCUGACCAAAUUCAGACAUGCAAUUCCUACCUAUAUCACAUCUCUGAAGGACUUACCAUUGAUCAAAUAGCCUCUUUCUACUCAGUGAACACAUCCAACAUUAAACCCAUCACCCAUGGCCUCAAACAGGACUAUCUUGUGUCUGUUCCUUGCACUUGCAAAGAUGUAAAUGGCACCCAAGGGUACUUCUAUGACACCCCUUAUAGAGUACAAUCAGGUGAUACAUUCAUGAAUAUCACAAGGAUGCUCUAUAGCGGCCAAGCUUGGAAAGUUGAGAAUGAAGAGGAGUUAUUUGUUGCUGGAGAUAUGAUCACUAUACACCUUUUAUGUGGAUGCAUUCAAGCAGAGUCUCAAGAGAUAGUGACAUAUACAGUUCAAGAGAAUGAUACACUGUCAGGGAUUGCGGAACUUCUAACAGCAAAACUAAGUGGAAUCCAGGGUUUAAAUGAAAGAUUGACUCAAAAUCCUGGUUACAUCGACGUAGGAUGGGUGUUAUUCAUUCCCAAGGAGAAGAAUGGAAUUCGAGCUCAAAAGCAAGGAAAAAGAAACCAUCUGACGAUUAUCCUUGCGAUAUUGUCUGCGGCCACAUUAUGUUCACUAUGCACUUUAAUCCUAUUCCUGAUCAAGGGAAUUAGAAACCACAAAAAUAGAGAAGAAAAUCUAAAAUCAGUCAACAAAUGCCGAAGUCCCUCAAGAAUUUCCUCACAGAGCCAGUUUCGGAAAACUGAUAUUGAAGGUGUCACCUUUGAAUCUGAAAGGCCAGUUGUAUAUAGUGUGGAUGAGAUUGAUAAGGCCACAAGUAACUUCGACAUAAGCAUGAAAAUUGGACAGGGUGGAUAUGGGAGCGUGUAUCUUGGUUUUUUGAAAGAACUGGAAGUUGCAGUAAAAAAAAUGAAAUCUAGCAGAUCGAAGGAAUUCUAUGCGGAGCUCAAAGUACUGUGUAAGAUACAUCACAUAAAUGUGGUGGAGCUGCUGGGAUAUGCAAGUGGGGAUAAUCACCUUUACCUAGUCUAUGAGUAUAUUCAGAAUGGGUCACUCAGUGAUCAUCUCCAUGACCCUCUGCUAAAAGGUCACACCCCUCUUUCAUGGACUGCAAGAGCACAAAUAGCAGUCGAUGCUGCAAGAGGAAUUGAAUAUAUUCAUGAUCACACGAAGGCACAGUAUGUACACCGGGACAUAAAAACAAGCAACAUUCUGCUUGAUCAGGGACUCAGGGCAAAGGUGUCAGAUUUUGGGCUGGCAAAGUUACUAGAACGAUCAAGUGAAGAAGAGUUCAUGGCAACACGCCUGGUUGGAACACCAGGUUACAUUGCUCCUGAAUCUGUGCGGGAGCUACAAAUGAAUUCUAAAACCGAUGUCUUUGCAUUCGGAGUGGUUCUAGCAGAGCUCAUAACUGGUCAGCGCGCUCUUGUACGUGAUAACCGGGAACCAAACAAGAUGAAGGCACUGGUGACACUUAUGUUGACAAUAUUCAUGAAUGAAGACAUAGAGACUGUUUUGGAAGCUAAUGUAGAUGCUAACCUCCGAGGAAGCUAUCCCAUGGAAGAAGUGUGUGAGAUGGCAGAAAUAUCUAGGAGGUGUUUGAGUGAAGAUCCAUUAAAUCGACCAGAGAUGCGAGAAAUUGUGCAGGCACUCUCCCAGAUCUUGACCGCCUCAAUAGAGUGGGAAGCAUCACUUGGGGGAAGCAGCCUAGACCUUACUGGGGUGUUUGUUGGAAGAUGACCAAGUUUUGUUUGCCUCAAUCACAGCAGGAUUUUUAUGGUGGUCAAGAGUGAAGAGCCUUCUAAUAUAAUAAGAUUCCUUGUUCCUAAAAGGAAGAUGAUGUCCAAAGAUUCUGCGUUUGGUAUAAAAUGUAAUGGUAUUGCUAUAUACUAA